UUGCUCAUGUCCCGGAUGUACCUACAUUUUAGCAGAGGAACAAAAAAUGGGCUCAUUACCAAGCUUCACCAAACCGUUUAAAUUAUCCCCACACACGAUUAUUGUACAUGUAUGAGGACCAGACCGCACUUUUGAGCAGAGUCCGCGUCCGUAGUCACCGUGUCUGUAAAGUGAUUCAUGAAAUUAAACAGAGCGAAGCUGGAGGUGAGAGUCGUGGGCCGAGCGUGUUGACAGAUUUCAAGCUGCUUCACACUCCUGACAGGGCCUUCCGUCAUCCCCCACACCCGUCAUCUGCCGAGUGAAGAGUGAUGACCUCACAGCAGCAUGGGAAUGCCAACCCUGCCCUCCUUUUGCCACAGAACUCUUCAUCUAGUCAGGGCAGGCAACACAUUUCUCGUUCUCCGAUAGACUCGUAUUCCCGCUCCGGGCUCUCCUCUCCACGGAGAGGCUGGGUUGCGGCAUCUUCAUCCGCAACAACUCACGGUAACUCCCUUGCGCUCUCUCUAAGCCGCCUGGCUCCGGCGUCCUGCAGUAAUUCCUCCUCGUCUCGGAGACCUGCGUCUGGCCGGGUGGAGCCGUGGCCAGAGGAGUCUGUGGACGAUGCCUAUGGGCUUUACUCCCUUCACCGCAUGUUUGAUAUUGUGGGUGCUCAGCUGACGCACCGUGAUGUGCGGGUGCUGUCCUUCCUUUUUGUGGACGUUAUUGACGAGUACGAGAGAGGAGGGAUACGAAGCGGCCGGGAUUUCCUGCUCGCAUUGGAGCGUCAGGGGCGAUGUGAUGAAACAAACUUCAGGCACGUUCUUCAGCUUCUCCGCAUCAUCACUCGCCAUGACCUGCUGCCGUACGUCACGUUGCGCAAGAGACAGACAGUGUGCCCAGAUCCAGUAGAUAAAUAUCUUGAGGAGACGUCAGUCCGUUAUGUUUCUCCCAGAGGAGCAGGAGAGGCCCAGCAGGGAACUACUCACAGAAGAACAGGACCCCAGCCGUUGAUCUGCUGUCCUCCAUCAGGACCCCAGGUAUGCCCACCACGUGCUAAACCCACCCCACCUCCACCGACCAGGAAAAGGAAAAGAUCUCACACAACAGCGGACUGUAGGGAAAAACAGACCUGUGACAUAAGACUGAGGGUGCGUGCGGAGUACUGUCAGCACGAGUCAGCUCUACAAGGCAAUGUCUUCUCCAACAAGCAAGAGGUUCUGGAGAGGCAGUUUGAGCGUUUUAACCAGGCCAACACCAUCCUCAAAUCCCGUGACCUGGGUUCCAUCAUAUGUGACAUCAAGUUCUCAGAGCUGACCUACCUGGACGCCUUUUGGCGGGACUACAUCAACGGUUCACUAUUGGAAGCCCUGAAGGGCGUUUUCAUCACGGACUCUCUGAAGCAGGCAGUGGGUCACGAGGCCAUUAAGCUCCUGGUGAAUGUAGAUGAGGAAGAUUACCAGGCUGGCAGGAGGAAGCUGCUGAGGAACCUGGUGGCAAGUGGUGCCGGUGCGGGCACGGGAAGCAGGGAGGGUCCAUUGUCCUAGUUGUGGGAGUGACUCGGUAAGUGGAGGAAAUUCAGAGAGACCCAGAUGAGCAGAGAUUGGACACUAAUGAGAAGGUAUACAUGGGAAAGGAAGAGUGAGGAAUGUAAACAGAGAGGAAUUGACUCUUGAAAGAAAGAUACUCUACUAGAGGCCGGGAUUUGCAUCUUUAGCCAAUAUGGAUGAAAAGAGGUGUUAAAAGUGUUCUGGAAAGUUGCGUUAUUUCUAUUUUAUUUUGAGUAUCUCAAGUUGUGGAAAUAAAAGAUGACGGGGAAAAGGUUUGGACAAAGAAGGCAUUUAGUUUCUUUUGUCUUUAUUCCUGCAUAUUUGACACUAAUGCUUUUGUUUUUAGGCUUUUGUGAAUUAGGUUAUUUUUGCUAUAUUUCCAUCAAGUUUUGUUGCACAACCAUUUGCUCUUAGUGAAAUUCUCCUGGUUAAAUGAAAUAUGUUCGCCUCAACAAAAAGGAUAGGUCGCAAAAGGUUUGAUUGACUGAUUUGCCUUUAAAACAUCACAUUGCUUCAACUCUUUAUGAAAUAAUUCCACUGUCAAUGUUGUCUAACCAUCCAUGUACAAAUCAGUCUGGAUGUGAAUUUGCAUUUUUAGUCUUUUCAUUACAAAAUCCCAAGCGGAAUCUAUAUGAGAAAUCACACAAAAUCUUCAUGGCACACUCUAACAUUGCACUUCACUUAAAAACUAUGACUACUUUAAAAAGGAAAAAUUCUCUGUUUCUGUUUUAUCAUUGACGUUAUUGCACAAUUGGGUUAGUUUUAGGUAAAUUCACAAGAGGGCGUAGUCCAACAUCUGAAGAUUCUGGAGCAUGGAGAAUUGGUGCUCAGAAUGGUUUAUGAUAUGCUUUGUUGCAGCUUGUGUUUUGAUGCAUGCCCCUGUAAUUUUCUUUUGUUUAUGGAAAAAACACAGUAAUGUUGGCAAAUGUUCGCUCUUGUUUGAAUUCACAACUUAAUAGAUGCUCUUUGCCCAGAAUUUUCCAAAGCGAUUUAGACUUUUGGAAUCUCUAGGCCUAUUAAUAUCCAUGUUUGGCCCAAAACAUAGCAUUACAAUUAAUCUUCAUUAUUUGCUUUUGUUUGAAUUUCUGGGCAAAGAGUUUUUUUUUUUUUUUUUUUUUUUUUUUUUGCAUCAGUAUAAUACAGAGAUAUGCCUUUGUAAAGUUUGAAUGCAUUCGACAGCAGUGUUUGAUUAAGGCUGUAGCUUUUGUUUUCACAAAGGAACAAAUUGGCUGCUUUUAUUUAAUCAAAAAAAAAGGUAGUUUUGAUAGUUCUAGUGAAAAACGAUUUGGACUGUUAUCGCUAGUUUAAAAUGUGACCUCACAUGAAUCUUACUAUAUAGUUUUUUAACAUGCUUUAUUUAUAAUUUCCAAUUCCACCAUUUGAAUUCAAGCAACUGUGCCAGGGUUUCUGUGUUGAAGUAAUCAGCUGUAACUUCUGUCCAACAAGUCUUGAAAGAUGACACAAAAUGUGCCAACCUGAAGCUGUUUUUACAUGACUGAAGUGAAACAAAAAUGCCUGAGCAACAUGCAAUUGCAGGAAGAUGUGUAAUUUGACUGACUUGAGAUGUUUUUGCUAUACUUUUAAAAUACCAAAGCUGUUCCCAGACAUUCAUUCUCUUUAAACUCUCUUUUUCAUUCUCUCAUCCUCAAUCUGUUAAGAUAUAAUGAAACUGUUGAAAUAUUGAAAGGAAAAUUGGUGAGUGGAACAGAUGUUAAGAAAAGUUAGCUGUGGAUCAAUUACUGCUAUUAUUAUUAUUAUUAUUACAGAGGGAAGAAAAGCAUUUUGUAAUGUUUUCCUAAUGGAACUAAACAAAGUUACAGACUGGUAUCUAUUAUAUAGGUUACAUGUUCUAUUGAUUGUGUUCAAGUGUUUGUCUUUAUAUCUUGCAUGUAUAUGACAUUGAUCCCCUUAAAUAUCACACAGUGACAAUUGAGCUGUGGUCUGUAGAUUUGAAAUAUCUAGACAUUUCUAACCUUUUUUACACUUUGUUUUUCAUAGAAAGAAAUGGGAUUGCUACAUUUUGGAGAGGUGAGAUGAGAGUAUUCUCAAAGUGACACAGUAGAACAGAUGAAGACGGAGCACUUUAUUUUUUACUCUAAAGUAUUUCACCAAUUGUAACCAUAUAUAGUAAUACACCAUUCCAAAAUGUAGGAGCAUCGGCCAUCUGUCACAUUAUGACUCUGAUUUUUGAAUAAUUUUAUUUUUUUGUUGACCAUGCCGGUGGUUGUGUUAAGUGAAAUAUUUACGUGCAAAAUAGACAGCUGGUUCAUUCAAUGUCUGUACAAAUCAAUAAAACAAAUUAAAAAACGC